UUAUGAAGAAGUGGAAUAAGAAGGCGAUUUUGUACAUGUUCCCCUUGUUCGUAUGUGAAGGACAAAGUGAGGAGGUAUAUACCCUCAAGCAGAAGGCGAAGACGUGGGAUGAGUUGGAGAGUUCCUUAAGGCUAAGAUUGUCAGAGGAUGGAAUAGAAGGCCAAUGUGGAGAAUGCUCUGUGAAACCUGUUGUGGGUGCCCUAUCGCAGGCAGAGUUGAGUGGAUUGCAGAGACAAGUGGGAGCAUUGGAAGARAGGUUAGCACGGCUGGAGGAGGCCAGGAGAGGCAAGCGGAAGGUUUCAGAAGGUUCCCMAAGUGAGCCGGAUGACCAGGGUGAAAGAGGAGUGGAGGAGGAUGGCCAAGAGUCACCCCUCUCGAUAGGAGCCCCAAAGAGGCGGGCCGGUGCUCGGGCGAGCGACGAAGACGAAGRAUUUAUUGAAAUAAAGGAGGAGCGGGGUGCUAAUAUGACCCUGCUUGUUAUUGCGCCGGACCCAGAGAGAGGGCUUGUUAACUUGGAAGGAUCCUCCGCCGCAGGUCGGGGAAGGCAAAAGAGUGGAUGGUGGCCAGAGCAAUGGGUGACGGUGGUAUGUGAUCAUUGGAGAGGGACUGACCUUAUCUCUCAAGRAAGUAAGGAAAAGGGUGUGAUGGGAAGAAAAGGGGAGAUUGAGUCUCCCWAACCAACAAAGGCUCAGCCAGAGGCGAGGGGUUGGGCCAAGGGAGGUCACGAUACCGGAGAAGGGCAGUGCUCGCAACAAGAGGUAGUCACUCCGCUAGGAAUGGGAGGCGGAACUGCUCAAAGGGGGCCUUCGGUGGCCRAGCAGACAUUAUAUCGGCGGUGGAUGCCGUACGAUCAGAUAGGUAUAGGGUAUGCGAUUGAGAUAGCUUUCUUCAGGGGUUAUCAUGUCUCCGAUUUCCUUGACAAGUUUGAACAGAUAGCAUCCCACUACAAAUGGAGCGAGGUGCGAAUGCUGGAAGAGGUCAUGGGGUUUAUCCAURUAGAGCUGAGGGAUGAAGUUGAUAGAGUGGUUAAAGGAGCGAGGUCAUCAUGGGGAAAAUUUUGUGAUGACAUGAGGCAUAAGUACUGGCUAGGUGAGGAGCACCCGACCAAUAACGAUCCUGAGAUGGUACCCAGGCCUUUGGUAGCCCAAGCCCAGCAAGGGAGACAGUUACAACUACCGUCGCAACAAGUGYCACAAGGCGGCAGGGCCAACGCAAAAGGUCAAAGGCGGACAGUUAGAAGGGGCCGUGGAGAUGGCAAGCGUGGCAAUACGGGCCGUAGAGAUGGCGGGUGUGGCAACACGGGCCGUUAAAAUGAUGGACGCGGCAAUGAAGGUCGUGGGAAUGA